UGGCUCAAGUUGCAUUUGCAGACAGUCGGAUCUAUCAGACGCUUCGCCUUUUUGCCUUUUCGCCAUGGCAGAAGAACCGAAGGCGCCGCAGAGCUGUGCAGAGUUCGCCCUGUACACCACGUUGAAGAUUGUGGGGGUGCUGCUUGCCCUCUACUGCUUCUUGUUCGGCCUCGAUUUGAUGGGUGGCUCCUUCGGGGCGUUGGGCGGCAAAGGCGCCGGACAGCUCUUCACCAUUACCGACAACCCCAUUGCAGGGCUCAUGGUGGGCAUCCUGGCAACUGUCUUGGUUCAAUCCUCCUCCACGAGCACGAGCAUUGUGGUGGGUCUGGUGGGAGCAGAUGUGCUUACGGUGCGGCAAGCCAUCCCCAUCAUCAUGGGCGCCAACAUAGGCACGUCAGUGACCAAUACCAUCGUUUCCAUGGCUCAUGUGGGAGACCGCAUUGAGCUCGAGCGAGCGUUCUCCGGUGCAACAGUCCACGACAUGUUCAACAUGCUGAGUGUUCUGACUUUGCUGCCUAUUGAAAUUAUCAUCGCGGCCAUUUCGGGCGAGGGCGGACUCCUUUACUGGAUUUCCAAGGGCUUGACUGAUGCCAUCCUGGGCAACGAUGCCUCCGACCUCACUUUUCCCUCUCCCACGAAGGCAAUUGUGAGUCCCCUGACCAAGUCGGUCCUCAGCAAAGACAAGAAUGUCGUAAAGGCUCUUUCCUUUGGUGCCCCAGUGGAGUAUGCGAUCCCGGCGAGCUUCUGUGGUUCCGCCGACUGCGGCACUUACUACUGCGUGUCCUCGGGCAUGAGCUCAGCUUGGAAGAAGGUGGCAGAAGAGAGCUAUGAAGCUUUGCAGACCUGUGGGGCCUUUACGACUGUGUGCAGUUCGGACAGCACUUGCUACCUCGAUGCUGGCCAGUACUACACGACCGAGAUCGAAGGUGCACGCCUUAUUGGCAAGGGCUUCCUGAAAGACGCUGGUGAUGUGGCGGGCGGCAUCAUCGGGCUGGUGAUUGCGCUGGUGGUGAUGUGCGUGGCGCUGUACGUCAUGGUGAGGCUCCUGCACAGUCUGGUUAUGGGCCAGGCAAAGAGGGUGAUCAUGAAGGGUACCCAGAUGAACGACUACUUGGCAAUGCUGUUGGGGGUGGCCUUGACCUUGAUCGUGCAGUCCAGCUCUGUGACCACCUCUGCCUUGACCCCGUUGGUCGGCAUCGGUGUGCUGCCCGUCGCUAAGAUGCUGCCAAUGACGCUCGGGGCAAACAUCGGCACCACCUUCACCUCUAUGUUUGCUGCGCUGGCCGUCAUGAAGGCGAACAGCAUCCAGAUUGCACUUUGCCACCUGUUGUUCAACAUCAUUGGUAUCCUCAUUUGGUUUCCGGCUCCUCCGAUGAGGCGUGUGAUCAUUAAUGCGGCAUGCACCUUGGGCUUCUAUGCGUCUUACUGGCGCUUGGUGCCACUGAUCUACAUCCUGGUGAUGUUUCUGGCAGUGCCCGGCAUAACGCUUGCCAUCUCACUGCUGUACCAAGCCAGUAUCGCCGGAGGUGUCGUCGUGACCAUUUUGGCCUUGGGCUUGCUUGCGGCCUUCGUGGUCUGGUGGGUCCGAGUGGGCUGCUACAAGGUGGUGAGCCAGGAAGAGCGAGAGCUCCGCCAGGCCGAGAUGGACGCUGACACAGAGUCAAAGGAGGAGCCAACAGCUCCGCCGGCAGAAUCAGCGGCGGAUGUUGUCGUCUGAGAUCCGAUCCUUGCGAUGGUUUGAUCUUCCGCGCUUGCAGGUUACAGAAUUCUGCGAGAGUUCGGAGGAUAAGUGUGGUGCAAUCGCACUGGGGAGCUUUGGAGAAGCUUUCCACAUUUUUGUGCAGCUACAGGUCGCCAAUUGCAGAGAACCAAUCCGCAGCUGCUCUGACUUUUGACUGAUGGUGGGCCUUGGCAGCUGAUAACGCUUUGCAGCUGACAUGGCUAGCCUUGAACCUUUUUGCCUCCACAGCGGAAAUGCUUUUUUGUCCUGGGAGGUAGUGCAGCCUUUUCUCAAGGUGUCCUUGUCCGAAAAUUGAAAGAAUCUCGCAGCCGAAGGCAGCGUGAUCCGAAGAGCGCGUGAAACACAACCGGUACAGCCUGAUCCAGCCUGCUCUGGUCUAGUUGGUCCAUUGCUCGGCAGACUGGUCGUCCUAUGGUCCUAUGGUGUAGCCGGAUGUGCAGAAUCGCAGCCUGCAG